GAAUGAGAAACAAGUGUAAGAAGGUGGCGAGGGUGCGUCAGCGAGUGGUGGAGGCUCAGAGGAGCGCCACAGACGACAAGAAACUCGGAAACCGGACCGAGUCAGCACUGGAUUAUCUCCUACAGUACAAACAGCUGUCACAUUUACUGGAGGCCUUAGUCCAUCUAGAUGUGGCGACACGUUUGUCCCCAGCCUGCUGUGAGAGACUGGUAGAAGUGAAUGCUGUGUCAGUGAUUUAUACACUGAUCAGUAGCUGUAACAGGAGUCAACCUCACAUGGAGGUCAUUAAAAUGGCUGUCAGCAUUCUGCUUAAUCUGGCCAAGUAUGACAGAACCUUGCCCUAUGUAUUUAUGGAUGAAGCAUUGAAUAUCCUGCUGGACCUGAUGCAGAUAUACAGAGAGAAAGGCCUCAUAUUUAACAGGACCUGUACCCUGGUGGGAAUUUUAGGCAGAGAUGAAUGUCGAAGAAAGAUCAUACUCUCCCAGCCUCGAGUGACAGAGCGACUCCAGAGUCUGUAUAAAUUGACGGCCAGAAAAUACAAACUUCAUGAGAACCAGCAAAUGCGACAAGCCAAACUAAACGCAUCAAAAGCAAUGAACUACACCCUUCCUAUCCGAGCUACCCCUCACAAACUCCCAAAGAUCCGACCUGACUGGGUAUUACACAGGGGAUCCUUACAUAACAUAGACAAUCCCAUGCAGGCCAUUAGUGUUGUUAUUGACAGCCUACAUAUUGUACGAAGUUGAUUUACUGUGUACUGUUUUCUUUAUUUAUACCCCUUUUUACUCCAUCUCUCAACUUCUUCUUUCUGUUAUAAGGAAAGUAUUUUCUCUUUUCAUCUGAGUGUGAAGUCUUCAAUCUUUUGUGACAAUUUUAUGCAUUUUGGUGGUUAUCACUAACUUCAUUGUCAGCAUCUGCACACAAACUGCUGGAACAAUUUCCUGCGAAAUAUGCUUCAAGUUUAGGGAUUGUCAAAAUAAAGGGCCACUGUAACAAAGAUUGAUAUAUACCAUUGAACCAAAGUAGAAAACAACUCUAUUCAGUGAAAAUUCGAAUUAAUUCAUCUUAUUGUACAAGGUUAGAAUGUAUUUAUAGUUUGAAGUUUUAUGUAGAAAUGCAUGAAGACUUCUUCUGUGAACAUUGACAUUUCAGCAAAUGGAUGGAUGAUUGAUUUUUCUCCGAGGAAAUUUUUAGAGGGGAAGUCUGACAGUUUUAUGAUAAAAAUACUUUCUGAUGUUUCUAUGAUAUGAUUUUUUUUAAAGGAAGAAAAUGUAAUAUUUUAAGUGUUUUUUUUUUAACUCAAUGAAUAUGCUUUGGUAUCAAAUACCAUACACCAUCAAAUUUUUCUGCUGUAAAUGUUAUUUGUAGCAUGAUUUGAAAUGAAAUA